CAUAAUGUUGGCAGUUCCGUAGUGCUUCGCACCACUUCGCACUGUAAAAAUGGCGUUUGACAAAGAUUAUUAGUUACGGUCUUUGGAACUGCGGCAUAUAAAUAAUUUAUUUUAAAUAGUUUAAAUAAUUUAAUAAUAUUUCAAGAUGUAUUGCCUGCAGUGGUUGCUGCCCGUACUUCUGAUUCCGAAGCCCAUAAACCCGGCAAUGGUGCAGACCCAUGUGAUGUUUAUGGUGCUGUAUUUGAUUGGUUUUUUCUUGGAGAGGAAACCAUGUACCAUUUGCAGUAUUGUAUUUUUGGUAGCCGUAUUCCUGAUAUGCUAUAGUGGGAUUGGCAACUGCAUCUUUGGUUCAGCAUUCUGUGAAAGUGAAAAUGGAUAGAUGAUCGCAGCUGGAAGGCAAAUGCUUUCUUAGGCUUAAAACUCUUUUUAGUUUUAAUUACUUUAAACAAAAUCAAUUUAAAUGGUUGUGAUAUAUUUGAAGAAAGAAUAUUCUAUGUUUGUUUAUUUAUCUAUGACAUGUAAAUAUUGUUACCACUUAAUUUGAUUCAUACCAAAUAGAUGAAUAUAAUUUAUUGUUUGUGUGAUCUGGGAUGAGAUAAAAUUUAUCCCCAAUUGCACACAAAGAAAAUGCUAUAGAAUGUACUUGGAAUAAAACAAAUAAAAUUCUCUAAACCCAUGCUUAAACCAUAAAAACAAAGCUAA